AUGUUAAAUAAUCGUGGACCUAGAUAUAAACGCAGUAAAUUAGAACGUGCUAUCAAUAGAGAUGUCUUCUGGUGUGUUGUUGUACUCUUAUUUCUGUGUUUUUUCUGUGCAAUAGGAAGUGGUAUAUGGUUGAGUGAUUAUAAUAAAUUAACAGAGAAUACUAAUUUAGUACCAUUUAUAGCAUUUGGUAAUUUGGACCAAUAUUCACCAUUAUAUCAGGGUUUUAUAGUAUUCUGGACUUACGUUAUCAUUUUCCAGGCAGUGAUACCUCUACCAUUAUAUGUUUCUGUAGAAUUUGUCAAGUUAGGACAGAUUUAUUUUAUGUCUCAAGAUAAUGAAUUUUAUCAUGAAGAAUCAGAUAGGAAGUUGGAAUGUCGAGCGUUGAAUAUAACAGAAGAUUUAGGUCAACUUCAAUAUAUAUUCUCAGAUAAAACUGGUACAUUAACAGAGAAUAUCAUGGAAUUUAAAAGUUGUACUAUUGGUGGUGUUGAUUAUCCUCAUUUACCUGGUAGAGUACAAGAAUUUUUUCUAUUGAUGGCUGUGUGUAAUACUGUAGUUGUCUCUCAUCAUCCACAUGAAGAUAAUGCCGGCCAUAUUGGUGGUGGUGAUCAACCCUUAGAUAGAUAUCUACGUUUAUCACAAUCUAGUUUACAAUCACGAAACAAAACCAGAUCAGUGGGAUCAAUAUCUAGUACUGAUCUUCGUGAUGGGGGAGCUACACCUAUUCAAUCUGAAGGCAGCAUAGCCAGUUCAUCCAUGCUAUCAGAUAUGUCAUCAAGAACAAGGUAUGAAGCUGAAAGUCCUGAUGAAUUAGCUCUAGUUAAAGCUGCUAAUACUUAUGGUUGUCGUCUGGUGAAGAGAUCACAUGACACUGUUAUAGUCUGGUUGCCCGCUGAAGGGGAGGUAGAAUUAGAAAUACUACAUAUUUUACCCUUUGAUUCUGUCAGAAAACGAAUGUCAAUUAUUUUACGGCAUCCCAUAUCUAAAGAAAUUACACUUUAUACUAAGGGUGCUGAUUCAGCCAUAUUGAGUAUUCUGAGUAAAAAAUAUAAAGAGGAUGAAGAAUUAAAACUACAAGUAGAAGAUACAGUUAAACAUAUAACAUCAUACGCUAUGAGAGGUUUACGCACAUUAUGUAUGGCUAAAAAGAUUCUGGAUCCAGAUGAAUAUAAAAUGUGGUUAAUAGAAAGACAAGAAACUGAAACAUCAAUGGAAGAAAGAGAAAAUUUAUUAUUAAAUUCCUGUUGUAAAAUAGAAAGUGAUCUAGACCUACUAGGAGCUACUGGUAUAGAAGAUAAAUUACAGAGUGGUGUACCACAAGCUAUAGAUAAACUAAGACAAGCUGGUAUUAAAGUCUGGGUAUUAACAGGAGAUAAACAGGAAACAGCUAUACAGAUUGCCUAUGCCUGUAAAUUAUUCACUAAAACUCAAGAAAUAAUAAUAUUAAAUGCUCACACAAAGGAAGAAGCUGGGGACCUGUUAAAACAUCAUACUGAACAAAUAUCCAAAGAUUUUAAAUCUUCUAUUAGAUCUAGAAACCAGGGUCAUGAUGUGGAUCUAAGAGAAUAUGCUCUAGUCAUUGAUGGAAAAACUCUAACCUUUGCUUUAAGUGAGGAAUUUGAUGCUCAUUUCUUGGCAUUAUGUAAAAAAUGUAAAUCUGUAGUAUGUUGUCGUGCUACACCUAUACAGAAAGGAAGUGUAGUUAAACUUGUAAAAGAAAGAUUAAAACAGAUGACAUUAGCUAUAGGUGAUGGUGCCAAUGAUGUGAGUAUGAUACAAACAGCAGAUAUUGGCGUUGGAAUAUCAGGACAAGAAGGAAUGCAGGCUGUCAUGGCAUCAGAUUUCUCUAUUGCUCAAUUUCGCUUCUUGGAACGUCUAAUUCUAGUCCAUGGUCAUUGGAAUUAUUCCAGACUUGCCCGUUUUGCUGCUUAUAUGUUUUAUAAAAAUCUGAUUACAGUGUUUAUUUUAUUUUGGUUUCAACUAUUUAGUGGUUUUAGUGGAUCGUUAAUGAUAGAUAGUUUAUAUCUAAUGUUACAACAUGUUUUAUUCACCGCCUUCCCUCCAGUAAUAAAUGCUGUAUUAGAUAAAGACAUCUCAGCUGAAUAUUUAUUACGAAAUCCACAACUCUAUACACCGUGUCAAAAAGGGGAGACGUAUACACCAUGGACAUUUUUAGUUAUAACCAUUGAUUCAUUAUAUCAAAGUCUCAUCAUUUAUUUUAUUCCACAUUUUACAUAUCAAGAUAGUUAUGUUGGUAUCUGGGAAUUUGGUACAACAAUUUGUAUAUGUAUGAUAUUAGUUAUUUAUUUACAUUUAGUUAUAGAAACAAGUUCAUGGGUAUGGAUUCAGUGGUUAUUUUUAAUUGUUAGUUUUAUUUUAUUUUGGAUGUUUGCCAUUAUUUUUAAUGCUAUAUUUGUGACGUUUGAUCAUCCCUCAAAUCCCUACUGGGUCAUGGAACAUACUAUAUCUCAAGCCAUACAUUCUUGUCUCACAGUUAUAACUUGUGUUCUAGCUCUAUUACCUAGGUAA